CCCUAAUAAAAUAAAUUCGAGAUACCUUUAUAGUUAAAGGGCAAAAAUAAAAGAUUAUAAUCCGGUGUAUCCAUUCAUAUCACAUAAAUGAUCGAUUCCCUUUGCUUAAUUCCCUUCUCUAUUUUUUUUUUCUCUUCACACCCCAGACUUUCUAUAAUUUCUUUUCAUUUCCAUCUUCAUCUUCAAGAAAUAUAUAUUGCAUAUUAAUUAGUCUAAUUUUUGUUUUCACUUGCUAUAAAACAUAUAUUUGAUAGUAUAUAUUAAUUCCUCUGAUCUCUCAAUGUUUUUUUUAAUAUUUUUUCAAUUUCUUUGGAAAAAUCAUGACAUGAAUUUUUUUUUAUCUUCUGGUUUCGAUGAUCUGAAGUAUAUUUUCUAGCAUAAAUUAUUUAAGUAAAGACGAAAUCAGAGAGAUCAAAAGAGAAGAAGUGAAGAAGAAGAAGAAGAAGAGAUCAAAUUAAAGCUGGCAAAUAAUAGCAAGUGGUGGGAGAGAAUAGAUGUGGCAAGGACUGCCACCAUGGCUGGUUAUGAAUCAACUUCUACAGGUAAUAACUCUCGCUACCUUCAUCACAAUCACAACCUUCUCAGACCUGAACUUCAUCUGAUUCAAAGACCUUCAACCAUUCCUUCUUCUGAUUCUAAAGAAAACAACACCCCUUCACCAGAUCAUGCCAAGCCAAUUGCAACUAGUGAUCAUCACCCGGAUAGGACUACUUCUGGCACUAGCUCUGGGGGCGGUGGGACCAAUCCUAGUUCCCGCCCUAGAGGCCGUCCAGCUGGUUCCAAGAACAAACCGAAGCCGCCCAUUAUUGUAACACGGGACAGCCCUAAUGCCCUCCGAUCCCAUGUGCUUGAGGUGUCUAGUGGUGCUGAUAUAGUGGAAAGUGUGUCCAAUUAUGCGAGGAAGAGAGGGAUAGGAGUUUGUGUUCUUAGUGGGAGUGGGAGUGUUGCUAAUGUUACUUUAAGGCAGCCAGCUUCUCCCGCGGGGAGUGUGCUUACUUUGCACGGAAGGUUUGAGAUCCUUUCUCUAUCUGGAACCGUGCUUCCUCCACCUGCGCCACCUGGUGCGGGAGGGUUGUCGAUAUUUUUGUCUGGUGGACAAGGACAGGUUGUUGGAGGAAAUGUUGUGGGGCUCUUAAUGGCUGCAGGUCCUGUGGUUUUGAUGGCUGCAUCUUUUGCUAAUGCAGUUUUUGAGCGUUUGCCUUUGGAUGAUCAAGAGGAAGCUGGGGCGGUGCAGGUUCAACCCACGGCUUCUCAGAACUCGGGUGUGACUGGAAGUGGUGGACAGAUGGGUGAUGGUGGAGGGGGCAGCAGCACUGGAGGAGGUGGUUUUUUUCCUAUGGGAGGAGCUCAUCAUGGGACCUAUCCAUUUUCAGCUGAUUUGUUUGGAUCAUGGGGUGGAAAUGCUUCAAGGCCUCCAUUUUGAUUAGGGUAAAAAGGGUUUUAUUUUUAUUUUUUUCCAACGAGUGAUGAUGUUAGGAAAAAAUUAGCUUCAGAAUCUGCGUAAGAGACUUUCUGGUGAUCAGCUUUGAAUAAUUGACGAUGAAGCAAUCAAUGCUCAAGGGAAUAUAUAUAUAUAUAUAUAUAUAUAUACACAUAAAGCAAUCAACUUGCUAGUAUAUAUUUUGUAUUAAUAUAUAAACUUGGCCCUGAUGUGAUGUUCUGGUGGCCAAAAAGAUUGAGAUCGGUCUCCUAAUUUCUUCAUUGACAAGGGGAAAAGGAAUAGAAGAAGAAGUAUAUUCAUGGAGGCUGCCUGGUAUCACUUCCUUUGGAACCCAGAUAGGAACUAGAGCGAUGAAAUUCACAGAUUUGUCAAGCUAAAAAACUUGCGUCCAUAGAUAGGGGUUUGUAUUUUGCUUUUGAUUAAAAUACAGAAGACUGCUGCCCUGUCAGAUGGAAUUACUUGGGAAACAUCAAGCUCCGAAGCAUGCAGUUUGUCUAGGAGAAGGCUGGAGUGGAAUAUUGUGCCUCAGUGCACCAGCUUUCAGGCAUCAUUAACAUCUUCCCAAUCAUAUUGUAUAUUUAAAACAAAAACAGAACAAUGGAAUUUGGAUCAGGUCACCGUCGCCAAGGCAGGAAACGUAUCUGGCAUAAGUUUGUCGCAUACUGGUUUCUGAAAAUGCCAUGGGAAUGGUUUUCAGUCACAGGAUCAAUUGAAACUGCUACCACCAGCUAUUUAUAACCGCAGUCGUACACAGGGUUUCAAGCCGCAGGAUCAAUAUGGCUUUUCCCAAUGACAUGCAUCAGUUUUACAAUUAACAGAUCUUCACAUUGCACAUAAUAAGCUGGCAUCUACAAAGUUCAGUAGUUAGAGCUACUUUAACAAGGUGAGAGAAACAAAAACAAUCCCAGUUAUUCCCUUUCAAGCCUUUGUCUGUCUCUCCCAAAA